AAAAAAAUACAGAGUAAAAAAUCAGAACAUGUCGUCGACUCCGGUUUUCCUUUCUCUCUAACAAAGAGGUGGCGAUUAAGUUUCGUUAUCGAAACCAUCUUCUCCGGCCGUCUUAGUUCGUCGGAGACCUUGAACUCAUCGUCACAUCUCUCCUUCAUCCUCCUUCUUUCUUCUCUCCUCUCUAAACACGACAGAGUAGGAUUACUUUGCAAUCUCCGCCGGCUACAAUUGAAGUUGUUCAAGCUCGGGAAAAGCUUCUUGUCGCUGAUAAAUAACGAUUAGCUUCACGUUGUUCUUCUCUUCCUCUUACUUCAUCUCGGUUCCAAAAUCGUUGAGAUUUAAGCUCUUCUACGGACGAAGAGAUUGACGUUGUUCGAAUUUCAUCUCGGUUUCUCUUUCCCUAAAAUUGAAGGAAUGGCGUACGAGUUUCCACAACGCAUACUUGAAGAAGGAAUUGAGACGCAAAUUGACAAGAUCAACAAUACGUGUAGACGUACAAUUCUGGAGGAAGUGAAGGGUGUUCUCAACACUGAGUAUGAGGAAGUUUUGAAAGAUCCUGUCUUCGGUCCGCUUCUGGCAAUCAUAGAGAACAAGCUCAUCUACUCAGGGAAGAUCAUUCAUAGCUUCAUAUGCAAGCAACUCAAGGUUUCGAAGCUUCACGAGCUGUGGUUUCUAUUUGCUAAGAGGCCUCUUAGGUUCUCUGCGCAAGAAUUUCAUGCUGUGACAGGAUUGAAGUUCAAAGAUGAACCUGACAUAAACUUCAAUGAUUGGAAGGAUGAUAAGGGGUUCUGGAGCAAUGUGCUGAGGAAAAAUAGAAAGGUCAACUUAUCGAUGAUAAAGACGAAGCUUCUUAACGAAUGCAACAAGUGGACGUAUGUGGACAGGGUUAGGCUAGUGUAUCUGUGCGUCAUUCAUGGAUUCCUCAUAGCUAAGGAUUCAAGAGUGUUUAUCCCACAUGAAUACAUCCGUUUGGUGAUGGAUUUUGAGAAGAUGAGGAUGUAUCCAUGGGGUCUUCACGCAUAUGACGAGCUGCUUGCAUCAAUACUCAAAGCAAGGAAAGAUUUACAUCUGAAGAACAGUUACGUGUUGGAUGGAUUCUCCUAUGCGUUUCAGAUAUGGGUUAUGGAGGCAAUCCCAGACAUUGGUAGUAUGGUGGGUAAGAAGAUCAAAAAGAACAUGACCAAAGUGAGAUGUAGGAAUUGGAAAGGAAGUGGGAAAGUUUCCUACGCAGAUAUCAGCAGCCUAGAGUCCCACUUUAAUAAGGGAGAACUGUUCCCAUUUAUAUCUGCUACUGGGAACAAUGAUGUGGUUGAUAGCACUGAGUUCUAUAGGGAAGAUGAGAAGAUAGAUGAAAGAAUUGGUCGCAUUGUUACUCUUCUCAAUGCCAAACAAGAUUGGACAGAUUUCGUAUGGGAAGUCGAGGCUUUGCCUCCAACUUUAGAGCUUUCUGAUUCAGAGACUGAUGGAGAGAAUGUUGAAGUCGAAGAUGUCACAGAUACUCAUGUUGACGAACCGGCUGUUGUUGCAAGAAGGGGAAAGCGUAAGCUAAAUGAUCCUGGUGCGGAGGCUCGAAAGAAAGAACUGCUUUGUCAACGGGCAGCUGAACAUAACAGUGGUAUCUCCAGUGGAAUGAAGACUUUCAUUGAAGGUUUGUUCACCUCUGCUUUCAACUCUUUCAAGGACGUGGUGCAGAAUGACAUCCAAGAGCGUUUUGAGAAGGUCCAAAAAGAGAUGGCUGAGCUCAAGCAAGCGGUGUCACAGAUUCCGGGUCCUUCUGCUACAAUGGGAAAAGACAGAGCAUCUGAGAUUCCAUGUCCUUCAGCAACGAUGGGAAAAUCAUCACAGAGUCCGUGUCUUGCAGGAACAAAGGAAAAAGGCAAAGGCAAGGUUGAUGAGAGUGUGGUUCCUGCUACGGUUCGUCGUAGCCCUCGGCAAGGAAGAAAGGUAACCAUAAAAUGAAGCUUUGUAAUAUGUCGGACUGUCUUAUGUUGUAAUUUUCUCUUAACUCUUUUGUAAUGUCAUUGUUGUUUGCUUGUAAUAUCGGCUUGUUGGAAAUCGGCUUGUAAUGUAUUUUGGUGUUUGCUAUGAACUGAACUUAUGACUAUGAAAUGUUUUCUCUGUAAUGUCAUAGUCUCUCGACUCUUUUAAUGUCA